AUUAGAUGUUGCUAAAACCAAACAUUGAACAAUUGAAUUUCAAUUUAUUCUUUAAAAAAGAAAAAAGAAAAUUCUUUUCAGUGAUUUACUAAUAUGGCAGCACCAAAGAAACCAAAUAGCAAUGUUACCGCCCAAAACAACCUUCUUCGCAAAACGGCCGCUCGCUUCUCUUCCCAACUACACAUGUUUUCCUCACCCAGCACCGCGGUCAAAACCUCCACGUCUCUCUCUCCUCGCAGACAAAUGCACUUCAAUGCACCAACUCAAACAAAUCCAGGCUCAAAUGAUCAUCUCUGGCCGCAUUCACGACAACUUCGCCGCCAGCCGAUUACUCUCCUUUGCCGCUCUUUCAGAUUCCGGCGACCUCGACUAUGCUCUCAAGCUUUUUAGCAAUACCCAAGAACCCAAUUCAUUUAUGUGGAACACACUCAUUAGGGCUCAAGCUAGUACUCCAAACCCUACAGAAUCUGUGCAUCUUUACAUAAAGAUGCGAAGGCUCGGUGUUAUACCCGGUAAGCACACUUUCCCUUUUCUUCUCAAGGCUUGUUCGAAUUUGCGAUCACUCGAAUGUUGUAAACAGGUGCAUACCCAUGUUUUGAAGUUCUGUUUGGAACUGGAUUUGCAUGUUGUUAAUGGAUUGAUUAGGGGUUACUCUAGUACAGACAAUUUGAACGAUGCCCGCCAGUUGUUCGAAGAAGUUUCUGAUAGAAAUUUGAGCAUAUGGACAACUAUGGUAUGUGGUUAUGCUCAAAACUAUUGUUCAAAUGAAGCGUUGUUACUUUUUGAUCGAAUGAUUUUGGAUGGGUUUGAGCCCAAUGGACCCAUUCUGGCUUCUGUGUUGUCUGCUUGUGCUCGAUCAGGGUGUUUGGAUUUAGGGAGACGGAUUCAUGUUUUUAUGGACGAGAAUGGGAUUGAGGUGGGUGUGAUUCUUGGGACGGCAUUGGUGAACAUGUAUCUGAAGAAUGGAGCAAUUUUGAUGGCUCAAAAGUGUUUCGAUAGCAUGCCUGAAAGGAACAUUGCAACUUGGAAUGCAAUGAUUUGUGGUUUGGCUGUUCAUGGACAUGCUGAAGGAGCACUCAAUCUCUUUCGGAAGUUAGAGAGUGAGCAGGUUGUGCCCAAUGAUAUCACAUUUGUUGGGGUUUUAUCUGCAUGCUGCCAUGCUGGCUUGCUUGAUUUUGGUGAUAAGAUUUUUCAUUCCAUGAGAAGGGUGUAUGGCAUUGAGCCAAAGAUAGAGCAUUAUGGAUGUAUGGUUGAUCUUUUUGGGCGAGGUGGGAGGCUAUUGGAGGCUGAGGAGCUGAUAAAAGGAAUGGCGUGGAAAACCGAUGUGGUGAUUUGGGGAGCUCUGUUGGGGGCUUGCAGGAACCAAGGAAAUAUUGAGAUUGCUGAACGAGCGGUGAAAGAAAUUCUUGUUCUUGAACCUCAUAAUCACGGUGUUUAUGUUGUUUUGUCCAAUAUGUAUGCAGAGGCUGGACAGUGGGAGAAUGUUUCGAGAAUGAGGAAGAUGAUGAAAGAAGGAAAUUUGAAGAAAACACCUGGAUGGAGCUUUGUGGAUGGUCACAAGUAAAGUUGUGUUAUUUGUGUCUCACAAGCCUCAUCUGGUCAACUCAAUGCAGAUUCAAAUAUGUAUGAUAAUGUACAGAUAUGAUCAGGAUCUCGAUUAAAUGAAGGAAGUGAUCAUGAUAGUGUUUCAUGUCAGAUGCAUGGAGUGGGAAACGAUAAAUCAUUCUAGUUUGUGUGAUUAACUACUUGAUUUUUCAUUGCAUUCAAAUCUGUUUAGUAGGGGGUAGUGCUGCCCUGCAUGCAAGUGGUCUUCUUCAGCUGAAAGUUGAAAAUAUGCAUUUGGGUGGCUUCUUUGUUGGAAUCACUUGUCGAGACUCCCGCCUUCCAAUCUGCAUAUAGACCAAAAAGAAAAACACGGUCCAUAUGAUGAUAUGGCAAAAUUCAUUGUGCUCACAGGUGGUGAGUUUUAACGAAUAUCAAUUUAGAAUCCAGCUCCUUGCAAAAAGAUUGUAAUUUCUUUUUCUUGUUCAUUUCUUUGUUCAUGUAAAUUGUUCAGCAAAAUUGUUUUAUGCCAAUUCUUUGUAUACAAGAAACUUCAGCACUUAUUGGUUAAAUAAUGGCAGCCGCAGGUUAAAAUUCUAGUACUGAUUAUAUGUGAUUUCAGCUGUUAUUUGACCUUUUCUCAUCUCCCAGCAAAUGCCACAAUAGUCAGAUGCAGUCGGUCUCCUCGGCUUGAACAAAUUGCCAUAAAAUGUUGAUAGUUCUACAUUUGCAAGGUAUUUUCAUGCUUGCCUUGCGGUCUGCUGUUGGUGUGUGCUAUCGGCAGGUUAAAAUUCUAGUACUGAAUUCGAUCU